GGCUGAAAAUUAAUAUUAAUAUUUGGGAAAUUUUCAGUUUUAUUGUCAGAUAUUCUUGAUAAAUUUAUAGUUUUCGCCUUUAAAGUUGCAUGAUGUCCGAGAGUACAAAUAAUUCGGGUCAUCUGGCUUUCGAUGAACUGGAUGCCAAGGAAACUGCCGCUGCUUCUCAAGCUAAUAUACCCACUCAACUGGCCAAGAAAAUCUGGGCCGUAACGCCCAAUGAUGUUUCCCUGGGGAUUGUGGAACCACUCGAGCCUUCUGUGCCUAACUUUGAAACUUCAUCGGGAUCAGGAUCGGGAUCUGGAGUAGGAUCUGGUAGUAAGCCACCUUCAAGCGAUAAUGCCAGCAUCUAUAUAACCGAGGUGGAAAGGGCUCUUUAUGGCGAUUCCACGGGCUAUCCGGAAAACGGCACUCCCAACUACUUCAAGGCCGCCGAGAACUAUUCGCUCUUCGGGGAAAGCUUCCUCGACUUUCCCAAGGACACGGCCAGCUGUAUGGCGGGCCUGGGAGCGAUGGUGAGUCAAGCUUGGAUUGCGCCGCCGGGCCACGAGAGAUCCGGGAGGUCGGCGCCUCUGUACGAACGGAGACAAGCUCAGGAACAAGAACGAGUCGCCUCGGGAACGGGGUGCAACCUUUCGGGGGGCGGCGGCUAUCAGCAGCCACAAAGACACCCACAUCAGCAGCAGCAGCAACAACAACAUCGUCCCCCUGGCGUCGACAACAACAACAACAACAACAAUCGUAACUCUGCGAGCAACUUCAAUGAGAUACCAUUUCCCCAGUUCUACCAUCAAAUGCAUCACCAACAACCGCCGCAACCGCAACUGAAUCCAAAUCAUCAGCACAAUCUCCAUUUGCCACAAAAACCGAUGCAACAGCAAGGACCGCCGCAACAGCAAUAUCAACAACAGCAGCAACAACAUCGUUCUGGAGCCCCACCGAGUGUCGGAGAUCUAGCUGGGUUGGCUCAUUCCAAUCCCAAUGAUUUCGCCAUGCUCUACCAGCAACUGAUGGCUCGCAAUCUGCGCUCCAAUCAGCAGCACCACCAGCAACAUCCGCCGCAAUCUUCGCAGCAGACAUCCUCCAGUGCCGCAGCUGCUGCAGCAUUGCUCUACAAGAAUCUGGAGUUUCAGCAGCAGGUUCAACUGCGUCAGUUGCAACAAUUGCAGCAGCAGCAACAGCAACAACAGCCUCGUAUGCCACGUGGAAUUUUUGGGGGCAAUGGUGGUCAGUCGGGCGGAGGAGGAGGAGGAAAUUCCACCAACGGAAAGGAACCCCCAGCGGGAGCUCACAAAUAAAAUAUGUUCACCAAAUCAAAGGUCAGACUUUAGAUCCAAUUGCUCAGAUUUUAAAAGACAAUUAACAUUUUAACCCCAUUUUUUUAUAAACUUUAAAUUCGAUUUAUU